GAGAGCUAUGCGCUUGCUCUAUCUAUCUUUUGAGCUGACGAGCAGUGCUCGCCGUGUGCUUUACCAAUCAUGCUGAUCGACGUCACCGGAGCGGACUGUAUAUCUAUGCCUACAACAUGGAAUGAUUGGUAAGGUAACUGCAGAGUAUGCCGUACCUUUUGCGGGUUGGUGUAGUGGUCGGCUUCGGUCUGGGAGCUUCGGCCGACCAAUGACGGCUCGAAGAGUAGACCAUGCCCGAUUCGUCCUCACCCAUGUGCCAGGAUUGACAUCGGCUCGUGGCGUUAGAAAGUACCCAGCAUACGGAAUCCGACGGCCACCGCGUAGAAAAAUUGGCCCCGAUUAGCAAGCCACGCACGAAACCAUUCCGUGCACUAUGCAUGUUCGAAUGUCAAAUCGUCGUGGUGUUUCCACUGCCCUACGUCGAGGAUA